AUGUUGAUGGUGCGAAAAAAUAUUGACAACCUCCUUAUUGAUGGUUGCAGCACGUAUGCUGUUCCUCCGGGUGAACUUGAGAUCACUAGAUUGGGUACAAACACAUCCUACAACCUAUACAACUUCGGACUUUAUUUCACAAACUGUUCGAGCGAUCAGAUAGAGUACUAUAUGGAAGAAAUUCUUGAUUUUAUAUCAAGUCAAGACGUCUUUGGACAGCAGGUGGAUUCGUAUCCCAAUGGGGUUGUUGCUGCCUGUUUUGUGCUGAGUUCAGUCACCGUGGCUGCUUGGUUGAUUGUUACCACCCACAUAUUCUCUGUCAACCGAAAGCCUUUGACUUUAACGCUUGUCACACUGUUAUAUGCCAUUUGUUCUACUGUCACGUUGACGCGAACCUCGCAUCUUUUGGACGACCAGUUUUCAGGGAUGUACCAGGACGUCAGUGAGUUUGAUGUGGUAAUACUCUCGGGGUUGCCAUUUAGGGUCACCAACUAUGUGGUCAAGAUCGGGAUUUGGAUCUCAUGGCUGCAAAUAGGAUAUAAGAUGGCAGGUGAGGGAUCUGCGUGGCAAAAACAAGUGAUUUCAGGAUACAGAUCCUCGCGAUUGGUGCUUUUAUGCCUGGCCAUACUCUGUCUGGUCAACAUAGUCCUCACUGGAGUGGAUUACUUUACCCAUUACGGCUCCCAGGAUAAAACUCUAUACGGACUUUCCAUUGCUGAAAUAGUGAGUCACGUGCUGGUGUACAUUCCGUUCUGGAUACUGGUUAUCCAGUACACGGUCAGAAGAUUCAAAAGUGCCUACAAUUCGCAGAGUCUGCCAUUAGUGUUGACCGUAGCCACGGUCUCAUUGGCUACAUUGCCGAUCUUCUUGGUCUGGAAAGUCUCGAGUAGUAUCAAUACGUGGGCGUUGAUGCUGUAUGAUUUGCUGGAGAUACUCAGUGCCUCGUUGAUCUGGGAGUGGAUAGCCGAUAUAGAGAGCGGCGAUAAGGAAAUGGAGAAGCACGCAGUGGUGGGACGUGAAAUUCAAGACCAUGACACAAAAACGCCGAAAAUUCGCAAUCGACGCCAGACUGACUGGAAUAAGUUUGUCUACGGCCAGUCGAACCGAAUCCCCGAGGGCUACCCGAUUUCGGCACAGGAAAUCGAGAUGUACAGCCUCCUAAACUCGGAUGAGCAAACUGCAGAUGACCGAAGUCAAGAUGAAACUGUGCCCUUACCGAGCAGUGGCAGGGACAGACACGGUGCGGAGAGCACGUAG